AUGUCAGCUCAACAAUCACAGCUUCCAGCAGAGGACCUCCUCAGUUUCUUUCGAUUCGUAGGCAAACUCAAGACCAUUAAGAGAACAGGAUGGGUCAAACGGGGAGUGCACGAUCCAGAGAGCGUUAGCGAUCAUAUGUAUCGUAUGGCACUGAUGGCUAUGGCCGUUGGUGGCAAUGAUUCCGCUCGACGAGACCGACUCAUCAAGAUGGCACUAGUCCAUGAUCUCGCCGAAUCUGAAGUCGGGGAUAUUGCUCCGGGGGAUGGCGUCUCCAAAGAGGAAAAGUUUAGCCGAGAAGAGGCUGCAAUGCAUCAUCUCCGGGAUGAUGCCCUUUCACAAUCAACUUUCGGAAAGGAACUGUACGACCUUUGGCUUGAGUACGAUCAAGGGAAAACCGAAGACGCACGCCUCGUCAAAGAACUUGAUAAGAUGGAAAUGAUUGUCCAGGCAGAUGAGUAUGAAACUGUUCAGGGGAAAGAUCUGGAAGAAUUUUUUGAAUCCACCCGAGGCGUCUUCCACUCAAACGUGAUGCAAGACAUUGAUAGAGCCCUUCGUUCGCAACGUAUCCGCAGAAAACGUACUGCGUCGCCGGAGGAUAGCGGGUUAAAUUGAAGAAAACGUUUCAAAUUAUUCGAACUUCGCACUCCGUUUAUACAAACGACAACUAAGCGACCACGGGAUUGCUGUGUUCGUCUCAGUUGUCCAUGCCCUUGAUCUUGUUUGCCAUCGCCAGUAUUCUAUGGUUUAAACGAAGCGUAGCGUCGUUAAAGUCAACUAGAACCCGAUCAAGUCGCUGCUCUUCGCUUUCAAUUUGGGGCUCGGCUUCGCACAUAACUUUUUGCUGUAAAAUGUCGAGCUUCUGCAAGUGCUCACGAUUGAUAGGUAGAUCGUUACCAGGAAUAGUCAUACUCCUUUCCAAUGUGUCCAUUUCCACAAGCGCUUUCACGACACGAUCGACUAUGGCUUCAGCGUGUUCAACGCGCGCCUGACGGGCAGCAGAAAGCCCUCGUAGUCCGGGUGCGGCGUAAGAUAUCAUAUCAAGGGCGUGGCGGGCUGCUACAAUUUCAUCAGGAAUGUGUUUCCGUAUGCUGUUCAAAGCAUGUUGCAUCUGAACGUGAAGGCAGGAACUCUGCUGAGGGAGACCUGAUCCAACGACGGCGUCAAUUCUUGCAAUGCGCUCCCGGAGCACCUGCAUGUCGCUUUGCAUGUCUUGUCCAAUUUUCAGAGUAGCUAUGAUUCUUGCUCAGGUGGGGGUCAGCUGAGGUCUUCGAAAUAAUUGGGAGGCGCCAAGGUAUCGUGCCCGUGAGUGGAGACCAAGCGACCGUUCCCAGAAACGAGUGUUAUACAACAAUACAGUAGUACUGUAGCUUGAGUUGUACCAUACCAGGGUACAGAGUAAAGUCUCAAUAUGGUGAACCGAAAUGUGGCGCUUCCGAGCAACCUACUGAGUUCGCCUUACCGGGCCAGUUCACAGUGGCGGAACUGCUCAUGUACACGUGUAGCCGUUGUACAGGUACAGCAAGGCACAUAACGUCACUUCCUCUGACACUGUGUAUCGACGGGCGACGUCGACGGGCGCAAUCGGACAUCCAGAGCUCUUCCCGUUGUGAUUCAGCCUCCCUUUCUUUUCAUUCAGCCGCGUACGGAGACUUCAACGUAUGAAUCUGAAGCAAGGACGUAUUGAUAGCUUCUGUAUUCGUUGAUGGUUCGUUUCUAGUGCGCAUUUCGGCCUCGAUAAAGUGAACUCUGGGUUUUUCAUAUUUUUUA